CAGAAUCGGGCCCUCCCAAGCGUAAAGAAUUCCGAGUAAGUUACGCUGAUUUUGCGAUGAUUUGUAAUUUUCUUUAGAUCCUGACUAUCCAGAGGCCUUAGAACAGUUGUGAGCAGUGUCCUGUAUUCACAGUUGAUUAUCAGAUUAAAAAGACACAAUGAAUAAGGAUCAGCUUUCCACCUCUGUAAACUCCUUGCUGGAGUUGGACAACAUCUCAGUGAAUCCCAGCUACUCGGCAUCAGAAGAGGAGAGCGAAAGGGUGGGGAUGGAAGAACUAGACACAGAGAUGGACGGUGAAGGAAAGAAGAAAAAGAAACAGGUGAAAAAAAGACGGAAAAAGAAAGAAAAUCUGGAGAAUGAAGACAGUUGUGCAGAAUUUGAAGUGAGAGCUCAGACUGAGUCCGGGGACCCUUCAAAUGAUUCAGGGUUAGCUGUCCAGAAAGGUUUGAAGGGCAGAGACCCAUCCCCAGCCAAGAGCGGCCGUGGCCUGAUGGUGCGUAAGCUGGAGUCUGGCGGUCGCUUCCGAACCAAGCUGGGUGGGGGCACCAGUCCCCUGAGCGGACACCCUGCUAAACUGUCCAGCACCUUCCCAAGGGAGGGGCAGAAGGGCGUGGUUGAUGGAGCCGUGACGGCUAAGACCAGGAGGGGUUCAGCUAGUGCCCUACACAGCAGCCCUGCACAGGAUAGCAUGAGCAGGAAGGAUUCUAGUGGAAUGGACAAGUUUGCAAGACAUGGAUCCACAGAUUCAGGGCAAGGUGAGACAGCACCACAUCACUUUGGGAGGAAAGAUGCUGGAGGUAAAGACAAGCAGAAGAAAGGAAAGAACGGAGGGAAGGAUAAGAAACAAGCGAAGAAGGAUGGCCAGCCAUUAUCCCCUGGUGGCCAACCCUCAGAUUCCUCCGGUGCCACGCCGAAGAAGCAAUCUUUCAAGCCAUUUGAUAAGUACUGGAUGGAGGAAGAUGUGUCUAAACUUGUAAAACAGGGCAAGGUGGUAAAGGGAACGCUACGGAUCAACCCCAAGAACUUUGAGGAGGCGUAUCUUGACUCACCAGAUGGUGGUUCUGAUAUCUUUAUCAAUGGUGUUCACGCCCGCAAUAGAGCCCUCCAAGGUGAUGUAGUAGCAGUCCAGAUCUUGACUGGUGAGGUUAUAAUGACUCCUAAGUCACAGAGGAUGAGCACGCCUAGGAAACUUCUUGCCAACCAACCCAUCAUUGCAGUGUCCGAGAGUCCUGACCGACAGGGUUCAUCCACACCAGGAUCAUCGACCCCCAAGAAGCUGGGAGGGAGGUACUUCUUCGGAAGCCAAGGUGAUUUUGACACAAGCAGCUUGAAUGAGCUGGAUGUAUCUGACAACAUGAGCAGCUUGUAUCUCAACAACUCUGAGGCAGCGUUUGGCUUUGCAGACGUCUCGGCCACGUCGGGCGAGGAGCAGGACAAGGUGGGGGACCUGGUGCGCAGAGAGUGGUCCGAUGCCAGGUCUGAGGUUUCGUCAAGUAGCGAAGUGAUAGAAGACGCCCCUCGUACCCCAAGCAAUAACAGGGGAUCCUCAACCAGUGGAGGGGGAACUCCCCAGAAAAUCGGAGGGACACUUGGAAAUGAUCCACGCAUGGCGCCCAAGACUGCCAGGGUCGUCUACAUCUGUGAAUACAAGCAUUCCAGAGCAGCCAGCGGACAUCUAAAGCUUCCAUCUAACCCGAGAGCACCUGACGUGAUGUUUGCUCCCACUGACCACCGUGUACCUCGGAUCUACAUCCCAAGGAAGGAAUGCCCAGCUACGUUUUCCCAGCGACCCCAGGACUAUGCAAACACACUCUUCAUCGCUCAGAUCAUCGAUUGGCCACUCAUCUCAGCAUUUGCAAAAGGACAUUUGCUCUACAGUAUUGGACAGGCGGGGGAAGUAGAGGCUGAAACGACAGCUAUGCUGAUUGAGCAUGGCAUCGACAGUUCUGAGUUCACUACUGAGGUCCUAGAGGACCUUCCAAAAGAGCGCCCAUGGAGGAUACCUGCGGAGGAGUUGUCACAGCGACGUGACCUGAGGUCGGAGUGCAUCUUUACCAUCGACCCAACCACAGCCAGAGAUCUGGAUGAUGCUCUUCACUGUAAAGCUUUAGGAGAUGGCAUCUAUGAAAUGGGUGUUCACAUUGCUGAUGUGAGCUAUUUUGUGAAAGAAGAUACCAGUUUGGAUAAGACAGCAAGUCACAGAGCUACUAGUGUUUAUCUGGUCCAAAAGGUAAUUCCAAUGUUGCCGCGAUUACUCUGUGAGGAGCUGUGCAGUUUGAAUCCCGAUCAGGAGAGACUUACUAUGUCUUUUAUAUGGAGGAUGACGGAAGAAGGAGAGAUCUUGCAAGAAUGGUGCGGCCGUUCUGUGAUCCGUUCCUGCGUCAAGCUGAGUUACCUUCACGCCCAAGACAUGAUAGAGAACUGGGAGGAGAAAGGGGACGACAUCGUGCUUCCAGAGAUCACUAACGGUUUCGGCAGGAACGAGGUGGCUCAAGCUGUGCUCAACAUGCAGAAGAUUGCUUCAAACCUACGCAAGAAACGUUUUGAUGGUGGUGCCCUACGACUCGAUCAAGUGAAACUACAGUAUUCAUUGAAUGCAGAAACAACACUUCCUAAUGGCUACUCAGUCUACCAACAGAAAGACAGUAAUAGAUUGGUUGAGGAGUUCAUGUUACUAGCCAACAUGGCGGCAGCUCACCGAAUCUUCAAGGCGGAACCACAGAGGGCGUUUCUGAGGCGACACCCACCUCCCAAGGAGAAGAUGAUGGACGACCUAGCGACGCUCUGUGAAAGUCUUGGUCUGGACAUGGAUGGAACAACAGCUGGAAAGCUUCAGGCUUCUCUGAACAGGUACUGUACAUCAGAAGAACAAGCCAAGUGUCUGCUGAAGGUGCUGACUGUCCUCUACUCUAAACCGAUGCAGAAAGCGAGAUAUUUCUGCUGCGCGAGUCUAGAGGAUGAGGAAAUGUAUCGUCACUAUGCACUGAACGUACCGCUGUACACUCAUUUUACAUCUCCCAUCAGAAGAUACCCUGACAUACUGGUACAUAGAAUGCUCGCUUCAUCUCUCGCAUGUGGUCCUGUAAUGGAAAGAGACCCAGAGAGACUGCAGAGGCAAGCCAUGAGGUGUAAUGAUGCCAAGGAUUCAGCCAAGGAAGUGUCGGAUAAAAGCAGUGAUCUCUUCUUCUGCCAGUUUGUCAAGGAAUGUGGACCUCUGGUUGAGAAGGCCAUUGUCAUGGCAGUGCUAGAUCGCUCAUUCGAUGUCCUCAUUAUCAAUCUUGGACAAGUGAAGAGAGUCUACUGCAAUGCUAUACCUUUGAAGAAGUUAAUUGCAGUUCCGAUUGCAAAGUACUAUGAGCUAACCCUGGAAUGGGAGGAUGAAGCAGGGUCAAAGGGCGUGACACAGGUCAUCAAGAUGUUUAGUCAGGUCACCGUGGAACUCACAGCCGACAGAAUGCCUGGGAAGUAUAAGGCUGUGCUGCAAAGGCCGUGCAACUCGUCAUAAUUGGCAACCAACUCACCCGUGAGGUAAACCUUGCCCGUGUUUAUUUAACGCAGCUACAAUGCAUAUGCUGCACCUUGUACAGGUUACUCCCGACAAUCUAAACAAAUGAUGCCAUACCCUCUGUCAUUCUGACAUUUUAUGUACUCUUCUUGAGCCCAUAGAAGUACGAUUAUAGCAUGGUGAUGAUAAUACAGUCAAACC